AUGCUGAACCAAGGGCACCGGAAGGAGCUGAUGAGUGAUCGAGGACGAGCCAACUUUGGAUGCGGACAAGAACAACACCAAGGCCCUCCAAAGCUGCCCUCUCCCACCCGCACCAUUCAAAUGAUCAUCGGUAGAGGUGAUGAAGCAGCAAUGAACCACAUAAAAUUUACCACCACACACAAGCUAAAGCGGUCAAUCACCCACGAUCGGUAUGAUGACUUCGGAGAAAGUAUCAUAUUCGAUAAGUCAGAUACCAAUGGUUUAAUUUUUUCUCACUCCGAUGCUCUUGUCAUUACUUUACGUAUUUCAGAUACUGGUGUUAAAAGAAUAAUGGUAGACAACGAAAGUGGCGCGUGUAUUAUUCACCCUCGAGUGCUUGCACAAAUGCGACUCGAGGAUAAGAUAGCACCGCGUUGCAUAACACUAACAAGAUUUAACAAUGUAGUCGAACGAACCUCAAGAGAAAUAGCACCGCCCGUUCUGGCCGGAGGCGUCACCUUAGAAACAACGUUCCAUGUCAUGAACCAGGACACAACUUACAAUGCAAUUAUAGGACGACCAUGGAUAUACGCCAUGAGGGAUAUCCCGUCCAGUUGGUAUAAAGUAAUCAAAAUCCCUACCCCAUGGGGCAUAUUCAGCAUCCGAGUCGAACAACGCACGGCCCAAAAAUGCUACCUCAUCGCCCAAGAUUGCACAUUUACUCAACAGCUGAAAGGAACAAACUCAGAAGCAUAUCAAUUAUCAAAAUCGGGGUCCAGACUCAACGAUCAUAUGGACGUUAUCAACGAUCAGAUAGACAUUAGCCGCCCUGUCAAGGUUCAUAUCGCAAUCUUCCGACAGAUGCCACAAAUUCUUUAA